ACAUGAAUCCUUUCUCUCAAUUUCUCCACAGCUUGCUCACAGACUAAAGAAUGUCAGGGGGAAUCUCUGCUAGCAUUGCCACCAGCAGACUGCAAGCUGAGGGAAUGGGCUCCAACGACCACGCCGUACCCUUCCUUAACCAGGACUAUGAGGCUUUGAGGCAGGAGUGUCUGGAGACGGGGUGUCUGUUCCAGGACCCCUACUUCCUAGCCGAGCCUCCCUCUCUGGGCUUCAAGGAACUGGCCCCCUUCUCUGCCAAGACCAGGGAUGUGGAAUGGAUGAGACCCACGGAGCUGACAGRCGACCCUCAGUUCAUCCUGGGAGGAGCUAGCAGAACAGACAUCUGCCAGGGAGCUCUAGGUGAUUGCUGGCUCCUAGCAGCCAUAGCCUCUCUAACCCUCAAUGAGAGGCUGCUCCACCGAGUGGUCCCACAUGGUCAGUCCUUCCAAGAGGACUAUGCUGGGAUCUUCCACUUUCAGUUCUGGCAGUUUGGUGAGUGGGUGGACGUGGUGAUUGACGACCGGCUGCCAACGAAGGAUGGAGAGAUCAUGUUYGUUCACUCAGCCGAGGGCAAUGAGUUCUGGAGCGCCCUGCUGGAGAAGGCCUACGCCAAGUUGAAUGGUUCCUACGAGGCUCUGUCUGGAGGCAGCACCACAGAAGGCUUUGAGGACUUCACCGGCGGUGUGUCUGAGAUGUACGAGCUCCGUAAGGCUCCACGGGACYUGUACAGGAUCAUCAGCAAAGCCCUGGACAGAGGCUCCUUGCUGGGCUGCUCCAUCGACAUCACCAGUGCCUUUGACAUGGAGUCUGUGACGUUCAAGAAGCUGGUGAAAGGUCAUGCUUACUCAGUCACCGGCCUAAAGAAGGAGACGGGGGUUCCAAAGCAGGAUCUGAAAGACCCAGAUACACUGGACUCAGACCCAGGUGAAACAGGCUUCCUAGGAGACGGGGGUUCCAAAGCAGGGUCUGAAAGACCCAGAUACACUGGACUCAGACCCAGGACCAGAGGAACAGGGGACUCACGUCGAUGGAGCACCCAGCAAGGAGCCUCUGUCCAGGGCUUUGCUGAUGAUCCUGUACAGGUCCCGUGGAGCUUACGGAGCUCGUACAUCUCAGACACACCGCCGGUGAAGUCCUCAAAGCCUUCUGUGGUGCUGCCUCCAGACAGAGCCUCUCAAUUGAUUGUUUCAUUGAUCGAUUGCUCUGUUCUUGUCUCCCUGGCUGUGUCCAGUUCUCCUGAGUGGGAUGAGUUGGACCCAUCUGAGAGAGAGGACCUGCAUCUAAAGAUGGAGGAUGGAGAGUUCUGGAUGUCAUUCCAGGAGUUCCUGGGGCAGUUUUCCCGUCUGGAGAUCUGUAACCUGACGGCAGACGCUCUGAGUGAGGACGGCCUCAGCCACUGGAACACCAUCAAGUUCCACGGCAUGUGGAGACGGGGGAGUACCGCCGGGGGCUGCCGUAACCACCCCA